UCUAUGGUACUUCAUCAUAUCAUUCUCGUCCCUGCCCAUGCAUAUGUCUUGUAAGAGACCACAAGAAGCAACCACACCACUCCAUGUUUAGCGUAAGCUCUCUCCUAGCUCUCACUCUCAAGGGGAAGCUAAGGCUCACUGCUACCGACCUCCUAGUUGUGUUCAUCCUUACUCUCUACGUUACCAACUGCAAGGCUCGCCAUCUCCGCGUCCAUGGUAAGCACUGCUCAAGCAAGCUCACUUCCUCACCACCUAAGGGUGUGGUAGAUGGUGGUGCUGCCAACAAGGGGGAUAUGAGAUCUUCGUCGUCGUCGUCGGAGAUUCCGGUUGGAAGCAAAAUGGGUGCAUCGACGGCCAACGAAGCGGUGGCGGCGAAGAAGAAGGACGUGACGACUUCACCAGGUGAUUCUUGCCGUGCUUCUUUGAGAAAAGCAUUCGAAAGGAUCAAGGUGAGGUCGUCGGGUACUGGAGUGCCUGCAGGAGCUGAUGGUUCCAACGGAGAGCAAGUAGGGAGUAACACGGCCACCGCCGAAACCCUAGUAGCCAUGGACUACCUAGAUGCACGCCCGGCACCGGCUGUCCACAACAGGUAGCGGCGGCUCUCGUCCUCAGGCAGACAAGAAGCUACAACAGCAGGCAUGUCGGCUCCAAUCUGGCCACUUUCCAGUAGUGACCAAAUUUUGAAGAACUGAAGGGUGAUCCUAGUCAACGUUGACAUGCAUGCAGCAUGGUUAGCGGUUCCACUGUGCUCAGCACGUCUUGUGUGUCGUUGUAUAGGAAGAUCGAGGACCAUGUUCCACUGUUCCGUGUUCAUAAGAUCGAAGCACAAAGCAUGCAUACAUGAUCUUCGUAUAUCUUCUGAUGUGAUGAAAUAACA